UGUGUUUACUUCGUGUAGCGUACAGCCAGCUGACAGGUACAGUAGAUUCCUCUCUUCGCACUGUUCAAUUUAUUAAAUUAACUGCAAGACAUAUAAACAUAAAGUGAGUUGUGUUUUUGUUCACAUUCUCUCUGUUGUGCCGAUAUAGUGAAAAAAUAGCCCUGGACAAUGUUUGCAGCAAACAACACCAACCCUAGCUAGCUAUCUAGCUAACGCUAAGCUACUAUAACGGGUUUUCACAUUUAGCUAGCUCUACUGCUAAUGUUGUCUGUUGAAGCGCAGCUAUGGUAACUAGGAUAACUGUUUGACGUAAACGUUGUAUUGGACUGUAUCAUCAUUUUUGUGUGUUUGACAGGAAUGGCAGAUGAGUCUCUUUUUGACUUUCUCCAUAUGGAGAUCGUGUCUCAUGUUUACAAGGAGCAGCAGUCCACUAAAAGGGAGAUGGACAAUAAGGACAAAGCUGCCUGUGUUUCUGUCCUUGAAAGCAUGGGGUUCAGGGUGGGACAAGGACUCAUUGAGAGGCUGACCAGGGACUCUCCCAGCUUCAAGGAUGAGUUGGAUGUGAUGAAGUUCGUCUGUAAAGACUUCUGGACAAAAGUGUUCAAGAGGCAGGUGGACAACCUCAGAACGAACCAUCAGGGUACCUAUGUUCUGCAGGACAACAAGUUUUCUCUACUGACUCAGCUCUCCAAUGGGAAACAGUACCUGGAUCAGGCUCCAAAGUACCUCGCUUUUUCGUGUGGCGUGGUGAGAGGAGCUCUUUCUAACCUUGGUCUGGACAGCGUGGUGACAGCCGAGGUCUCUGUUAUGCCAUCCUGUAAGUUCCAAGUUGUGGUCCAGAAGUUGUGACCUGAUCCCCUCUGCUACCCUGGAGCUGAUGAACCAAGCCGGGUGGGGUUCUGUUCAUCCUUGGGCACUAAAUCAUAAAUACAUUUAUACAUGUACUUAAGAGACAAUAGUAUAGGAUAGUAGUUCCUGUCCAACCACUGAGGGACUGUAACACCACCCUGAUUUUCACAUCUGGGUCAAACGGGGCUAGCCAGGUACCCAAGACAGGAUAAAAAGGCUUAGCCAGGUCUAACCUUUCACUGGUUAUGCUCUGAUACAGAAAAAGAUUUGUUUUUAAGUCCUUUUGAAUUUUAAUGAUUUUGAUAUAGUUAAUUUCUCAUUGAAGUGAAACAUGAAAGGAUGUUCUCACCUUUAGUUUACAUUAAAUACAUUGACCUUGGCAGUGACUGACUGCUCUUGGCCAAGUCUUGAAAAUAAAUUUGACUGUCAGUGAUGUGAAUAGAAUAAUGUGAAUGUAAAGUAAAUCACAAGGUAAUUUAUUCUAUGUAAUGUGUUGAGUGUUGAGUGCCCAAAUUAAGAAUUACUUUGUAAUACAAAAUAAAUAAUUAAAAAUUAAAAGGAAUUUAGGAUAAGCCAUCAACUGCCAAAGCAUUUCUUUUAUCAUCCACCUAAAUGAUAGCUAGUGAACCUUUGAAAAUCAUUACACCUGGCACACAAACUGUAACUAGUUCCUGGUGCUUUGCUCUGCCUUGUAGCAGAUUGCCUUUAGGAACUGUGUGUUUCAUGUAUGCUGCUGGUCUUUUAAUUUAAAGGUAAAAUGCAAAUCUAAAAUGAGUCAUUGGUACAGGAAUUUCAUUUAAAUUGCAGUCUAUUACUGGAUAUGAUAACAGUUCCUGAACAUCACUCUAUUCCUCUAUAGUGAUAUCAUAUUUCAGAGUUGACCACUCAAACUGGGUUUACAGAUUAUUUUUUGUACCAAAAUGUACAUUUUCUGUCCUUUUGUACAGCAUUAAUAUGUGUUUUAUGGAGAAUUGUGACUUUUCUAGCAUACAAUAAGGUGCAAAUGUGAUGAAUGGUGUUGUAUGGCUUUGAAAUAAAUUUACAUGGAUUUUUGGUUUAUAUUUGUUAAUGUAAAAAUAUCUCAAAUAUGUAUCCUAAAACAGUAACCCGUUUAAACUGCGAGGCUGUGCAGCAAUGCUUUGUUUUAAUCAUUUCAUUUUCUCAACUUUUCAUUUUCUGUAAAUGAAAUAGUAAUGUUGUGACAAGAACACCACAAAACAACACCUGUUUAACAAGAAGAGACAACAUAAUCCUGCAGAAACUCACCUUGCUUGUAGAUGCUGUUGCCUCUUGGUGCCACUAGAGGGACACAUUUAGCUGUCAUUGUUUUCAUAUCUGUUGCUGUUCUGUCCAGUGUUUCCUUGUCUGUGCUCCCUUUUUUUUCCAUCUUUGAGUUCUAGUUUAUCCGUCUGUUGUAUUUCCAGUGUUUGUCUGAGAGUAAGAAGAACUCAUAGUUAAACACACUUGGUAGCACAGUACCAUGAAAAACACACCUUGUAUAUUUGUUUGCACAGUUUUAUGCAACACAAUUAUCUCUAAGAAUUCUGUUAUGCAAAAUAGUUUGUCAGUCAUUACAUAUUUACCUUUUUAUUAUUAAUAUAUUUGUUAUUAUAACAUUAAUGGGUGUAACACAAGAUGUUCACGUUACCUGUGCAUAAUGAAAUACACAUUAAAAGAGAACUGUUUAGUGUU